AUGACCACCGAACCAUCCCCCGGCAACGGGGUCUUUCCCAGCGGCCCAUUCAUGCGUCAACCCAGUCUAGUCUGGAUGUACAGACUCGAGUGUGACGUUUCAAAGGAAGAAAUUGAGCUUGGUGCUGCUCAUGAUGCGGGCGUCAUUCGCAGAAUCAUGAACCUGGAGCGCGGAACCAUCAAGGGACCUGGUAUUGAAGCCACCAUCUUGCCGCUCGGUGGCGCAGACUGGUUGACGGUUAUCAAUGGAACGCAUUCGAUGAAGCUUGACGCGCGAUAUACCGCACGAACAUCAGAUGGAUAUCAUAUCUACUUUCGUGCCCAUGGUCUUUAUCGACCAGGACCAGGAACCGAGUAUGCCAAGGCGGUUGCACAGGAUUGGACACAGCCCCCCAAAGUGGUGGUCAGUCAAGAUGAUGUGGAAUUCUUCUCCCAUCUUCGACUCGAAGCGGGCCCUGGCCCGUAUAAUUGGGUGAAUGGACUGAUCUGUGUUGGUGUGAUGGUUUGUGAGGGUGAAAAGAUUUGGAUUGAUGCCUAUCGUUUAACCAAUUUCCCGGAGAGGGAGCCAGAAAGUGUUACUGCACAUCUUUAG